CCGAGCGCCGAGCGCACUCUGGCCGUGGCGACGCGCGUCGGCGGCCCAGCCCGGAGCACUCGUUCCGUCAAGCGGUCAUGGGGCCGCCGCCCAGAGCCGCGGGUUCGGCAGGGCUCAGGGCGCGGGGACCCGGCUAGUCGGCCGCGGAGCGAGGCCCUGCGGCGGGCAACGGAUACGGAAGCGGCCGGUGCCGGAGCGGCGGCGGGGCAGCGAGAGCCGCCUGGGAUGAUCAGUCAUGAAACGAGUGCGCACGGAGCAGGUUCAGGUGGCGGUGUCCUGCUACCUCAAACGCCGGCAGUACGUGGACUCAGAAGGCCCCUUGAAGCAAGGCUUACGGCUAUCACAGACCCCUGAAGAGAUGGCAGCCAACCUCACAGUCCAGUCAGAAUCUGGUUGUACCAAUGCAGUGUCUGCAGCUCCUUGCCAGGCAGAACCCCAGCAAUAUGAAGUGCAGUUUGGACGACUGCGUAGCUUUCUCACUGAUUCUGACUCCCAGUACAGCCACGAAGUGAUGCCUCUCCUCUACCCUCUCUUUGUCUACCUCCACCUCAACCUGGUCCAGAGUGGCCCCAAGAGCACAGUGGAAAGCUUCUACAGCCGCUUCCAUGGGAUGUUUCUGCAGAAUGCAAGCCAAAAGGAUGUCAUCGAGCAGCUGCAGACCACACAGACCAUCCAGGACAUUCUAUCGAACUUCCAGCUUCGCUCAUUCCUGGACAACAAGUAUGUGGUCCGUCUCCAAGAAGACAGCUACAACUACCUUAUCCGCUACCUCCAAAGCGACAACAACACUGCCCUGUGCAAGGUGCUGGCCGUGCACAUUCACCUGGACGUGCAGCCUGCCAAGAGGACAGACUACCAGCUGUAUGCCACUGGUGGUUCCUCCCGUAGUGAGAGCAGUGGCCUGGAGCCUCCAGAUGUGCCCAGCCCUAUUCUGCAGAACGAAGCCGCACUGGAAGUCUUGCAGGAGAGUAUCAAGCGUGUCAAGGAUGGACCUCCCUCCCUCACCACCAUCUGCUUCUACGCCUUCUAUAACACAGAGCAGCUGCUGAAUACUGCAGAGAUCUCCUCUGAUAGCAAACUGCUGGCUGCCGGGUUUGACAACUCUUGCAUAAAGCUCUGGAGCUUGCGAUCCAAGAAGCUGAAAUCAGAGCCCCACCAUGUAGAUGCAUCCCGCAUCCGCCUGGCUUGUGACACUCUGGAGGAAGAGGAGAAUGAAGAGGAUACUGUGGGCACAGAAAUGAAGAUCCUACGGGGACACUGUGGCCCAGUGUAUAGUACACGAUUCCUUGCAGACAGCUCAGGACUGCUAUCUUGUUCUGAGGAUAUGUCCAUCAGGUACUGGGACCUGGGCAGCUUUACCAACACUGUGCUGUACCAAGGUCAUGCCUACCCAGUGUGGGACGUGGAUAUCAGCCCGUACAGCCUGUACUUUGCCAGUGGGUCCCAUGACCGCACUGCCAGACUGUGGUCUUUUGAUCGGACGUACCCACUGAGGAUAUACGCAGGGCACCUGGCAGAUGUGGACUGUGUCAAAUUCCACCCCAACUCAAACUACUUGGCCACAGGCUCCACUGACAAGACUGUGCGACUGUGGAGUGCCCAGCAGGGAAAUUCAGUGCGACUCUUCACAGGUCACCGUGGCCCCGUGCUCUCCCUUGCCUUUUCUCCCAACGGUAAGUACUUGGCAUCUGCUGGCGAAGACCAGCGGUUGAAGCUGUGGGACUUGGCCUCCGGGACCCUUUUUAAAGAACUAAGAGGCCACACAGACAGCAUCACCAGUCUGGCCUUCAGCCCUGACAGCGGUCUGGUGGCCUCUGCCUCUAUGGACAACUCUGUGCGCGUCUGGGACAUCAGGAGCACAUCCUGCAAUGCACCUGCUGAUGGCUCUUCUGGUGAGCUGGUAGGCGUGUACACUGGGCAGAUGAGCAAUGUCCUGAGCGUGCAGUUCAUGGCCUGCAACCUCCUCCUGGUGACUGGAAUCACACAAGAAAAUCAGGAACAUUAAGUUUUUAUUCAGGUGGCAGACUGGGUGGGGCCAGAAGCCUUUGACCCCAGCCCAGGACAUGCUGAAACUGCAUCAGUGAUUGCAAAAGAGCCCUCCCCAACUCCUCCCUCAACUGACACAGCCCCAGUGCACUAGAUUCCAGGUGAGAGCCAGGAUGCUAAAAAGCUCACGGCCUCCUGGUCUUGUGUAAGCACCUUCCUGUUACUCCCUCUCAGUGCGUUGACUGAAACAGUUGCUGAGCCCUCCUUGGGACAGCUGUGGACAGUGUCACCUGUGGCCACCCCUUGAGGAGGGAAGUGGAGACAGGAACUAGAAAAGAGAGGGCUGGUCUAGCAGUCUUCCCUUUUGCAAAAUGAUAGAGAACCAGGAUUUUUUAUUAUUAUAAUUAUUAAUAUAAAUGAGAAAAGGAAACCUAGCACUGGCAGAGGGUGGCUCUGCUUUUAUUUUUCAGGUUUAACUUCUGGCACUGGCUGUUAUACUUGGAAUUUUGAGGUUCAGGGAAAUUUAGACUUUGGUAGCCAAGUAUAUCAGGAGAAAGUGGCAUCUCUGGUGUAGAGGUGUAGAUUGGUCCCACCAGAUGAUGAGCUUAUGGGAGCAGGCGGGUGGCUUAACUGAACACUGGGCUCCUGCGGUGAUGGUGGGAAAAAGAUUCUUUUACUGACUGUGCUUCUGCCAGUAUUUCCCUACCUUGGAAAAAAAGGUCAUGGUGGGCAGAGGGUAGGCCUCAGUGUUAGAGCACUUGUCUUGAUUGCAAUAAGGUUCCAUCCUAGCACCAAACACCAACAGUAAAAAAAA